GCAGUAUGCAGGACGCGUGUCAUAUGAACUUCGUAAUAGAAGUCGCUCACCGUGGAGUCUCCGAAGGUCUGAGGUUCGAUUCCCCAUGGGGACUCAGAAUUUUUUUCUUUGUCCCACGCUCGUGACAAGACGAAGGAAAUCUUUCUCCAAACCGUACUUGCUGUAAGACAUCUUACUGCGGAAAAGGAGCUGAACAAUAUUAUUUACUCGAGACUGGGAAUGAUAUUUCCAUGAAUUUAACGUUCCAUUUUUUAGGUUGUACUGCCAAUCAGAGCUCGACUGUCACUUUAUUGGCCACAGAAGAUAGCCGCUCACUUGAAAAUGGUACUUUUUUGCUUCCGUUUAACUCUACUUGCCAAUGGAACAUUACGGCACCAGUUGGUAAGGUGCUCAGCAUUGACGCGGGAAUCUUCUUAUUUCAUAAGCCAUGUGGCGAUAUGUACCUAAAGAUACACGACGGGCCGAGCGAGUUAAGCAGCUUAAUAUCAGAAUACUGCCUGAAUGUUACCUUUAGCACUAAAAAGUUCUCGUCGAGUGGCCGAAGUGUGUGGAUCGAGGCGAAAAAGGGACCUCUUGACUCUUACGGCGGAUUUCUUAUCUCUUACCAGGCCAUACCAUUUGAAGAGUGUCCAUUCAACAGCACAUUGAACGCUCCUUUAUCGCCUGUGGCACAUAACAUUUCUAGCCCCUACUGGCCUCUUGGUUAUCGCUUACACGCGACAUGUGGAUGGUACAUCACGGCGCCUGAGAACUACACCGUGGUGCUGCAUCUCAAAUAUAAGCUAUCCAUGGAUAGCGUAAAGGUUUAUUACGUGGAGAGCUCCGUGAUCAGCCUCCUCGCCCAUUUUACUGGACGUGUGCCAGGACAUUUGUACCAAGCCACUAUAUAUUCCAAUUUCCGCCGUUUGUACAUCUUGUUCGAAAGUAAGAUUGACACAGAUGAAGGAUUUUAUGCAUCGUACUCUGCCGUCACUCCAAUAUGUACAUUGAACUCCACAUUGAAUGCUCCUCUGUCGCCUGUGGAACAUAACUUCUCCAGUCCCUCCUUGCCUUUUGGCUAUCGCUUAAAUACAACUUGUGGAUGGUAUAUCACGGCGCCUGAAAACCACACCGUGGUACUGCGUCUCACGUACAAACUCUACUUGGACAGUGUAGAGAUUUAUGAUGUAGAGGGCUCUGUGAUCAGCCUCAUCGCCCGUUUCACUGCACGUCUACCCUUACGUUCUGAAUCAACUACUAUAUAUUCCAAGUUUCGCCGUUUGUACAUCGUGUUCGAAAGUAAAGUUAAAACGACUGACGUAGAGGAAGAAUUUUAUGCAUCGUAUUCUGCCAUCUCUUUAGCUCACGCCUGUUCAUCGAUGAACUCCUUGGAUGAAAAUAGGAAUAUUGUAUGGAAGAGUCCUUCGGGUGUCAUAACAACCCCUGGGUAUCCAUCCAGCUACCCGCAGGAAUUGAUGAAACAGUGUUUCUGGAAAAUACUAGCGCCUGUUGGAAAUAUUGUACGAGUGGAUUUCCUAUCCUUCCGGCUUCCGUCUUCUAGAACAUGUUUGACUAUUUUCUUUGCGAUAAAUAAAAGAAAUCCAACGCAAACGCUUCUCUGUGGACUAAAAGCAUCGUUUCUACUUUACUCAAUGACAAACGAGAUUGGUAUUGAAGGUCCGCAGUCGUAUGGCUUUAACCCCGGACGUGGUGGAUUCAAUGCGAACUACACGACCAUACCAGCAGACAACAGCACUGUACACAUGGCGGCAGAGGGAAUGACGUUUGCAACUCCUGGCUUCCCUCUCUAUCCUGGAAAAGGCCGAUGUAACUGGAAUAUAUCCGUACCCGAAGGGAAUUUAAUAAAACUGACGUUUCUGUCGUUAUCAACGCGUUGUACUAAGAGUUAUGUGGAGAUUUUUGAUACGACAAAUUCCACAAGGAUCCCCCUCGGAAAAUUCUGCGAUGUAACUUCUGGUGACUUUGAAGUAUACUCGCGAGGAAGCAGUCUACUUGUUACGUAUGUAAAUCUCCUGAAUACCUCAGCUUCCGCAGGGUUUUUGGCGACAUACGAAACCGUUAAGGCAAUCCCUGCUAAAUACGCUUGUGGUAAAUUAGACAUUUAUGGCAUUCCAACCAAAUUAGGAGACAGUUUUGGUGAGUUUGCUAGUCACCAGUUCCCUCGUUCUUACUCCAAUGAUGUCAAAUGCUCUUGGAUUAUUCAAGUUCCAGUUGGAUUUCUCGUGAAUUUGACUUUUCAUACGUUUGAGCUUCAAGAAUCCCCAGGCUGUUCUGCAGACCACGUCGAGAUCAAACAAGGGAAAUCAGUUCGGUCAGUUACUGAGUUACUUGGAAGAUUUUGCGGUGCAUCAGUACCCAGAGUUAUUCAGUCCAACCGUUCUGUAGUCAGAGUGGACUUUGUGGCGGACAGCUCAGGAAGAUACCCAGGAUUCCAUGCAAGCUUUAAAGCAGUUUCUGAUCCCGCCAUGGGCCCAUGUAAAACUCAAGGAAUAAAUAACGUCAUCCCUCUUAAAGGGAAAACUGGAAGAUUAUUUUCCCCGCUGUAUCCGGAGACAUUUCCUAACAACAUGACGUGCACGUGGAUCAUAGCAGUUACCGAGGGCCAUUUUGUCAGGUUGAGAAUAACCUCUUUUUUCCUGGCACAUGUUUGUAAGCAGACGACUUUGGAAAUUCGAGAUGGCCAGAAAUCCUCCAAUGACUUACUUGGGAAUUUUUGCGGGAGCUCCUUUGAAAGAUCGGUAUUCUCCAGCGGUCGUCAUCUCUGGAUUCGGUUCCAUUCUGACAAAGAUGAAUUGUUGUACGGGACGGGAUUCAAUGCUUUCUUCGAGAUGGUCGGCCAAUUACCAGCUCCGUUUUCAUGCACAGCGAAGGACUUAAACAUCAAAUUGAAGUCUGAGACAGGAACUCUGGCCAGUUACAACUACCCUCUGCCGUCUGACGACUCUGUAGAAUGCAUCUGGUCUAUCAGUGUAGACACUAAUUCCAAAAUUAUAUUGUCUUUUGAGUUUUUCAAUGUGUCCCGGACCAGUGACUGUUCUGAGGAUUAUGUAGAAGUGCGAGAUGGAAUGUUCAGCACCAGCGACCUUGUUGGAAAGUACUGUGGAGCAGAGAAACCCUCGAAGAUAACCUCGGAUUCUUGGAACUUGCGUGUGGCUUUUAAAUCGAGUGGCAAGUUGAAAUAUCCUGGGUUCAAAGCCACCUACAAAAUAAAAAAGGAUCAAACCCUUAAAAUUCUUAAGAUCGUCGGGAUUUGUGUUGGAGCACUGUCUUUGCUGUGUACUAUAGUUGCCGGUUCUUGCCGUUGUUGCAAUAGGAGGCAUAACCAAUCGCAACCCGAAAACGUUUUAGCUAUGCAAGGCACAGUCAACGCUGGAACUGAUGGGGAAGGUAUCAGGAACCAAACAGGCAGUUCAUGAAAACCUGCACAGUGAUCUUUAUAACUCAAAGAGCUAUCAAGCCACCUUAAAAUAAACAACCCUAGCUUGUCUUACUGAUCUGCUCUCUCGAUUAUGAGAGUUAAAACUGUUACCUGCUCUUUGCCAAAUUUCAGAGCUACGAGGGAAAAUGUUCAUGACCUUAUCGAUGAUCAUAGUAACUACCGGCUUGCACUGAAAUUGCGCAGGUUUGACAUAUUCAGAAUCAAUCGGGGAGAACUGGGUCGAGUUAUCAGGGAGCCUCGACUUCCCAAACUAGAUCCAGUUCCCUGGCUCUCGUUCGAACCGAAACCCGAACAGAUGAAGUAAAUUCUUCAUAGCUAUAUUUCAGAAUUAACACUUUAGAGAACGUUCAAACUUGAGUUUAAUCUCAAUUGAGGCCAGUCAUUGAGGUCAAUCAUUGAAUCAACGAAUUUAACUUAAUGAAUUUGUUUCCGAUAUUAAUAUACCAACUGCCUUAUGUUAUUAUAUGAUUAUUUAUUUCAUUAACAACAAGGAUUUCCGGGGCGAUUCUUUUAACAUAUUAAAGGUGAAACACUGGAGCAUUUUUAAUUAAGUCAAAAGUAUUACGGGAUAGCUUUGGUUUUACUCUACAUUGCUCUGUGACUGGUGGCGAAAACUGGCAGAACGUUAUAAACCAAUCAGAUACAAAAGUAAAAAGACUCUUGGCUUGGUUACACGCGUUUUCCCGCGCUUCACGCAGUUUGCGUGUUCAUUCUUAGGUUCCUCAUUGGCUCCUUGUGAUAUUUUUCUUUGUUCUGAUUGGCUAUUGAGAUAAGUUUGAUUUUAGUUUUCGACCAGCCUGAACCAGAGUGUCUCGAUGGGGUGAAACGAUAACCUUAAAAGGCUUAAAAAUUUAGCCGUUAGGCAUAAAAAUUGACAAUUUGACAGAUAGUCGUGAAAAAGUUGACCGUAAAUAAAACUUCUGAUGACAACAAUGGAAUGAUAUUAGCCAUUAGCCGUAAAAUGGCCAAAAUUUUAACCGUUGGCCGACACCCGUACCCCAUUGAGAACCUCGUUCCAGGCGUUCAAUCAGUAAAACGAAGCACGGUAGUUGAAAACGAGGGAGGCUUGGGUCGGGUCGCGUUCUUUUCCUGACCCAAACCUCUUGCUUUUUUACCCCUUCGCUACUAUAGCUACUAUUUCGCUGCGUUUUAUUAACUUAACAGGUUGAACAGGCUAGUUUUCGACACUCAAUCAAAGAGCACUCUCAUCUGUUAAUUUGCAUCAAUGAAAAAUGCUAAAUACUCA